AAAAUUUGCAAGAAAACUCCGAACUAUUUUUUCUGCUUUUAAUUGGUGCAAAUUCAAAACUGUGAAGUGUGGUUGUAUUAAUGAUAAUCGCAGUUUCACUAUAAGUUCAACUUUUUCGCCGGAGGAGUUCCUUUAGUUUCAAGCAAGAACAGCAUUUUCGUGGGACAUAUAGCCAAGAUCUACCGCUCGCUUCAGUUUUCUCUUCCUCAAUCGUGGAAGGUCAUGGCUGAAAAGCAGUUGAAGCAGUGAUAUCGUGGCUGGAAAUAUUCGUAUUGGAUCAAAAUAUUGUACAGCCAAAUUUUAUUGGACUGACUCCACAAAAUGUCCCUAGAAGGCGGCGAAAGUAGUGGGGUUAUUGAAAACCCUGCAGAAGAUGUUGUAAAACAGGAAGAGAAUGAGCAGCUCAACUCGAGCCCAACUGUUGAGGAGAAUGGAUACCAUGAUGGAAAUGAAGAUUCUAACAGCCACGAUGAGCUUGUACAGAUGGUGGCAGAACUCAGUUUUCAGAAUGAAUAUUUGAAGUCAAAGUAUGAGGACUUGAAGACUGUUAUUCUGGAUUCUGAUGGGCCAGACCAAGAGAAAGCACAAAGUCAUGAUAACAGUGUGUUGGGUGGAGAUGUGAGACAGAUGCUUGAAGAAAUAGAAUCUCUGAAGAGAGAACUUGUUGAGGAAAGGCAGACACGAGGUGCUGCAGAGGAAGCUCUCAAGCACCUAAGAGCCGCGCACUCGGAUGCUGAUCUGAAAGCGCAAGAGCUUUCUGCCAAAUAUGCUGAAGCUCAACAGAAGAUGGAUCAAGAAAUAAAAGAACGGGAUGAGAAGUACUCUGAGCUUGAUUCUAAGUUCAACCGGCUCCAUAAAAGAGCUAAACAGCGUAUCCAGGAGGUGCAAAAGGAGAAAGAUGAUAUUGAAGCCCAGUUAAGUGAAGUUAAUAGCAAAGCUGAACUCGCAUCUUCCCAGCUGUCAGCACUGCAGCAAGAGUUGGAGCGCACGCGGCAACAUGCAAAUGAAGCACUAAAAGCAAUGGACACAGAGAGGCAACAAUUGCGAAGUACUAACAACAAACUUCGGGACAACAUUGAAGAAUUACGUCAUUCUUUGAUCCCCAAAGAGAAUGCUCUGGAGGCAAUGCAACAAUCCAUGCUGGAGAAAGAACAGAUGUUGGAAGACAUGCGAGGGUUACUGCAGGUAGCUGAUGAAAAGCGUCUAGCUUCAAUUGCUGAACUUUCUCUAAAGCACCAGAAGCAAGUCGAGAAUUUCGAAGCCCAAAUGGCUGAUUUUUUAUCAGAGAGAAGCAGAGCAACUGAAACAAUAUCAUCUCUGCGGGCAUUAAUUGUAGAGAAAGAUACCAAGAUUGCAGAGAUGGAUGCAGCCUCCAGUGGUGAAGCAGCACGACUUCGAGCUGCAAUGGAGAAAUUAAAAGGAGAGCUCAGUCAUCUGAAAAACGAACAUGAGAAAGAGAAAGAUGGUCUGGAAGAUGUAUUGCAGUCCUUGAGAUCAAAGCUGGAGAUUUCUGAGAAUUAUAGGGUACAUGCGGAAGUUGAAGCAGCCAGCUUACGAAGUCAAUUAGAGUCGGAACUUUCUGUGCAAUCUCAGCUGCUGGCUAGGAAAGAUGCUGAGCUAGGGGAAGCCAAAGAAAAGAUAAAUCGCAUUGAACAUGAAUUUGCUUCAUACAAAGUUCGAGCUAAUGCCUUGCUUCAGAAAAAAGAUUCUGAAUUAGCUGCUGUUACGAACAAUGAUCAGUUCAAAUCACUUGAGGAAGCUCUUAAGGAUGCUGAGAGAGAGAUACUAUUAAUAUCUGCUGAGAAGGAUAAAGCUUUGCAAGAUCUUAAAGAAGCGUUGACAAAUUCCGAAAAGGAAAUCUCCUCCAGAGAUGCAGCUCUCAACAUGGCAGAACAGCAGCUUAAGAGCAUGCAAUUGAAGUUGGACUCUGCUCUUUCCAUGCACCAGUCUGAGAAAGAAAUAUGGGACAAAAGACUCCAAAAUGUGGAAGACACGUGGCGAUUAAAAUGUGAAGUGCUGGAAAGGAAAAAUGAAGAACCCUCCACCCAGAAUUUGCAAAAAGAAGUGGGGGAGCUGAAGUUAAUCUGUAAAAUGCUGAAGGAAGAGCAAAAUACUUUCCGUGAUCUUGCUGAUAAAAUGAUGGAGGAGAAAGACAAAGAGAUUUCAAGGCUUUUGGAUGAAAAUAGGGAUCUCCAACAGUUGCUGGAUUCAAGGCCUUCUGCUGAAUAUGUUGAUGACUAUUCCGCUCUUCAGAUACAAGAAGCCUCGAACUCUAGUACUUCAGCUGCAGAGCAACAAAUCCUGAUUUUGGCUAGACAACAAGCUCAGAGAGAAGAGGAACUUGCUCAAACACAGAGGCAUAUUCUUGCACUUCAAGAAGAAAUUGAGGAGCUGGAACAUGAAAAUCGCCUUCAUAGGCAGCAGGAAACCGUGUUGAAGGAAGAACUUCGGAACAUGGAAAGAAUGCAAAAGAGGGAUGGAGUGGAUCUGACAUAUCUUAAAAAUAUCAUUUUGAAGCUUCUAGAGACAGGUGAAGUGGAGAGACUGCUUCCAGUUGUAGCAAUGCUUCUUCAGUUCAGCCCAGACGAGAUGCAGAAGUGUCAACAAGCUUACCGCUCUUCAAACGAGGUCCCACCUAACUCGGCCAGCGACUCUAUGGGUUCUGGGCGCUCUCUGUUUUCCAGAUUUUCUUUUUCAUAGAAUGAUUCUGAGCACCUGUCUAUAUUAAAUCAUGCAAUGGCCUGGCCUACGCAUUCGGGAAGAAGAGACCAUGUCUGAACAACAUGAAGGCAGUUGGCCAAAAGAUUGGACACAAAACAUUUAACUGUUUGUCUGUUGGUUAGUUUGGCUUGUUUUUACGUGUGCAUUCUCACACCUAAUGGACUGUACAGUUAUUGUUUAACAAUUGAGUUAAUAAGAGCUGGUCAUUGUUCUGGCAAUCUCUUGCUUCACUUGAGAUCUAUCCUAUCUUCUACAUUUAAAUGUUAAUUCUUUU